AUGUUGACGGUAGCGUUGGAGUACAGGAAGGUCGUCGAUUCGAUGUGCGCGGACAGAGAUCUUGGACUGCGGAAGUACGAGUUAGGUGCGCGCGAGUGGACGAUAGCUCGCCAGCUCACCGACGUCCUGAAGGUGUUCAAGGAUGCUACAUACUUCUUCUCGCGCGGCACUCCCAACUUGGCGACAGUGAUCCCGGCCAUGGAUCUCAUCGACCAGCAGCUCGCCACGAAGCACCUCCAGACCGCCAAAUACGACUUCGCGAUCCGUACGGCCAUGGGCUUGGCCAAGAAGACCUUGAACAAGUACUACGAGCUCACGGACGCCUCAAAGGCGUACAGGAUCGCCAUGGUGCUUCAUCCGAGCUACAAGAAGGCCUACUUCGAGAAGGCCGGGUGG